UUGCUUCUCUUGGGCCGGGAGAGGCCGGCAGCCACGGAAGACUGUGGAAGAGGCUGGCUGCCUUAGGGUGGAAUUCCGAAGCAACCGCUUUUGUAGGAAUAAUGGCACCCAAAAGGCAAGAAAAAUCCAAACUUCCUGUUCCCCUUCCAGAAGGCAUGAUUCUGAAGGAUACAGAAGGAAAAACAUGGCGGUUGGGUAACAUGAUCGGUUCUGGAGGGUUUGGAUUAAUAUAUUUAGCGUCUCCGUAUAUUAAUAAACCAAUACGAGAUGAAGAUGCCCUUCAUGUUAUAAAAGUGGAAUAUCAAGAAAAUGGUCCGCUCUUUUCAGAACUGAAAUUUUACCAGAGAGCUGCAAAGCAAGACUAUAUCAAAAGAUGGAUGGCACACAAACAACUUGAAUUUUUAGGAAUUCCUCAGUUCUGGGGGUCAGGUUUGGCUGAACACAAUGGAAAAAGCUAUAGAUUCAUGGUUAUGGAAAGACUAGGAAUGGACUUACAGAAGAUCUUUGUCCAGAGAGGCAGGUUUCAAAGAGACACUGUCCUGCAGUUGGGUGUGCGGAUGCUGGAUGUUUUGGAAUACAUACAUGAAAAUGAAUAUGUGCAUGGUGAUAUUAAAGCAGCAAAUCUACUCUUGGGCUACAGAAAUCCCCAUCAGGUUUAUCUUGCAGAUUAUGGACUUUCCUACAGAUAUUGUCCCAAUGGGAACCACAAACAGUAUCAGGAAAAUCCUAGAAAGGGCCAUAAUGGGACAGUAGAGUUUACCAGCUUAGAUGCCCACAAGGGAGUAGCCCCAUCUAGAAGAGGCGACCUUGAAAUUCUCGGCUACUGCAUGCUGCAAUGGCUAUGUGGGAAACUGCCCUGGGAACAGAACCUGAAAGACCCUGUGGCCGUCCAGACUGCUAAAACAAAUCUUCUGGAUGAGCUCCCCAAUUCAGUGAUGAAGUGGAAUCCUUCUGGAAACAGCUGCCGUGAAAUUGCCCAGUUUUUGGCAUGUGCCAAUGAUUUAGCAUAUGAUGAAAAGCCCAAGUACCAAAUGCUAAAGAAAAUACUGUUGGAUGGAUUGGAAUCAAGUGGAAUGCUCCACAGUGGGCUACUGGAAUUUUCCGCUGCUGGAUAUAGUAAGAGUCCAAGUGCUUCCUCCAAAGAUCAAAAAGUUAAUGCACCAAAGCCUAUCACAAAACAAGUCAACCAAGUUCAAAGCAAGUCAAAAGUUGAGAGAAAUGCCGAGUCUCAGGUAACCAGGAGACAAGUACAAAAAGAAGAGAAGUUGGUUGGAUUGAUUAACAGUGAAACAGCUCAGGAAGGCAAAGUAAGAAGAGAGAAACAUCAGUACCAUCAAGAUUUUUUAUCAGGAGUAAAACAGCUCCCUAAUAAAACCGGCUUUGAGUAUUUUCCAAGCUCGUUUCAUGGACUGAAUCACGAUUUUCCUAGUCCAUGUAUGUCCAGUCAGCGUCCAUCUUAUGAAUAUGAGAUGCCUACUCACCUCAGUGCCAAGGCUAUGGACUUAAAAGAACAUGAGAGUACAUGGUUUUGGUCCACUAUUUCCCAGCUCAGUGAAGAGGCCAAGGCAGAUGUAUAUUAUUAUAGCUUAACUAUAUUUUUUCUUUUGAUUUUAGUAGUUCUUUCUUUGUAUUUUCUUUGA